AUGGUCUAUGUUCCCAAAAAUGGUGGUCUAUGGGGUGCAUGUACUGGACAGACGAUUACAUAUUUAGAUUUUUCCUUGGUGUAUUCACUUAGCGGAACCCCCACCGUACCUGCCGUAGGCAACUAUACUUAUGGAAAGACUCCUUCUACUGUUGAUCACCAUGGAUUUAUAUACGCAUUGUACCCCCAAAAUCUUACUACUGUUACCAACUCCUGUGGAACUAACACUACUGUUUGUCGUUUUGUAACAUACCGUAAUUACUCUCUUCCAAGAAAUCAUUAUUGCGUAAUAGUAGGUAAUCCAAACAAUGUUGACUAUUACUUGACGAUGGUAUAUUCUUUCGGUGGUACCAGUGCUCGUCGUAGUAUUAAUUCACCUAAAAAAAGUGUUUACGAACGUCAACUUGUUGAUUUUGAAGUGGCCGGUCCGGAAGUUUUGAAUAAAUUCCAAAGCAGUCAAGUGUAA